CCCACACCUCAACCUCAACCACCUCCGCUCAACACAGCCACCAUGCCAGAGUGGAUAUACCUCCUGCUCAUCGCCGUCUUUAUCCUGCUAGCAGGGUACAAGAAUCUGCCAUGCGUGUGGCAUAUCCGCUCCUUCCGCGCCAUCCUUCCUCUCCCCUCCAACCCCCCUUCUCCUCCUCCUUCUCCCCUCUCGGCCCCAAUCCCCAAUCCCAACCCCAAGCCCUAACCCCCACCCACCUCUUCCUCCCCAUAAUCAGCACAUCCCGCUCCCCCCUCAGCGAAUGCGACUACAACCUCCACAAAUCCAACUCGACCUACCUCUCCGACGUGGACGUAUCACGCGCAAACCUCUGCGCCCUGCUCUUCGGAUCCCGUCUCGCUCUCCGUCCCACCACCGCCAUCACCACCAUCACAUCUUCCUCCUCACUACCAUUUAUCAUCGUGAUCCUCGGCGGCGUGCAGUGCGUCUUCAGAAAGGAAAUCAGCCCGUACCAGGCGUACGAUAUCUGGACGAGGGUGUUCUCGUGGGAUGAGAAGUGGAUGUAUGUUGUUUCGCAUUUUGUGGUGCCGGGGGUCUUUCGGGGGAGGGGGAGGGGAAGGGGGCGGGGAGAAGAGGAUGGGGAUGGCAGCGAGGGGAAGGAGGGUGCGAAGAAGAGUGUUUUCGCGACGUGUGUCUCGAGGGUGGUGUUUAAGCAGGGGAGGGUGACGGUUCCUCCUGGGAGGAUGUUGGGGGAAUGUGGGUUGUUGGGGGUUGAUGGGAUGGGGGCUGGCAAUGAUGUUGAAGAGAGGAGGUGUAGGGAUUUGGAGAAGGCGCAGUUGAAAUGCGGGUGGGAUGCCGUGCAUGAGGCGUUUGAUCCGGAUAUUAGGGUUGUGCUGGAGAGGUUUAUGGGGUGA